CUUUCCAUCCUUCCACAUCCAGCGACCCCAUGUGCCGGCAACCCGUGCCAAAAUGGCGGGAACUGUUCUGUGUUUGGUGACAGCGCGCUGUGUGCAUGUAUGUCCGGAUUUGUUGGGGAGUUCUGUGAAACAGCCCUGUCCAGAAGUGCGUGUGGCGGUGUGGUCUGCCAAAAUGGCGGCAUCUGUCAGCUCCAGGGAGGGCAAGCCGUCUGCUACUGUCCCAACCCCUUCUAUGGCCUGACCUGCACACAGCAAGCAGCCACCACCACCGACGCCUGCACCUCCACCACUCUCGUGUGCACCAAUGGCGGCCUUUGCGCGGACCGAGGGGGCGUGGCUACAUGUCUGUGCCCCUCCCCCUUCACAGGAACCACGUGCUCUGUUAACUCCAAUACCCAGCCCACUAACCCCACCUCCACCACCGACGCCUGCACCUCCUCCACCCUCGUGUGCUCCAAUGGCGGAGCUUGUGCUGACAGAGGGGGCGUGGCUACGUGCCUUUGCCCCUCCCCCUACACAGGAGCCACGUGCCUCAUCGAUAGUUCAA